GCCGCCCCGGAGCCCGCGGUGCGAGGCCAGCGGUGCGAGGCCAGCGCUCCGGGUCCCCGCUCGCUCGCCUGCCGGAGCGAGUUCUCGCCAGUCCCUGGCGCGGUGUCCCGGCUCAGUUUAAGUCAUCUUGACACCCAGUGUGGAGCUCAAACUCCCCACCCUGAGAUCAAGAGUCACAUGCUCUCCUGAUAGCCCCCUGAGGCUCCCCAGUUUUAAAGCAGCUGCAAGUCCUUUUGGGGGGAGAGUGGAGACCCCCAUGAUGCCAGCAGAGAGGAAUGCUGCCCCCCUCCCUCCCCCCACACACCCUGGGAGAGGGGCUCUGCGACGCAAAAGGCAGAGGCCCUGCCAUGGUCCGCAGGCUGGGCUGGCUGGUCCUGUACGGCCUGGCUGUGCUGCUGCUCAGCUGCCUGCUCUUCCUGAAGAAGGAGGCCAAGCCAGUGGGGGGCUCGGGGGCCCACCAGCCCUUCUGGGCUCCCCCAGGGCCCCGCCGCAGCCAGUGUCCCCCCAACCGUACAGUGGCUAACAUCUCCUUGUCCUUGCCUAGCCGUCACCGCCUCUUCUUGACCUACCGCCACUGCCGCAACUUCUCCAUCUUGCUGGAGCCUUCGGGCUGUGCUGAGGACACCUUCCUGCUCCUGGCCAUCAAGUCACAGCCCGGCCACGUGGAGCGGAGGGCGGCUAUCCGCAGCACGUGGGGCCGGGUGGGGGGCUGGGCCAGGGGCCGGCGGCUGAAACUGGUGUUCCUUCUGGGGGUGGCGGGACCAGCGCCCCCUGCCCAGCUGCUGGCCUACGAGAGUCAGGAGUUUGACGAUAUCCUGCAGUGGGACUUUGCUGAAGACUUCUUCAACCUGACGCUUAAGGAGCUGCACUUGCAGCGCUGGGUUGCAGUGGCCUGCUCCCAGGCCCGCUUCAUGCUAAAGGGAGAUGACGACGUCUUUGUCCACGUCCCUAACGUGCUGGAGUUCCUGGAUGGCUGGGACCCAGCCCAGGACCUCCUGGUGGGAGAUGUUAUCCGCCAGGCCCUGCCCAACAGGAACACCAAGGUUAAGUACUUCAUCCCCCCAUCCAUGUACAGGGCCCGCCACUACCCGCCCUAUGCCGGGGGCGGGGGCUACGUCAUGUCCAGGGCCACCGUGCAGCGCCUCCAAGCAGCGGUGGAAGAGGCCGAACUCUUCCCCAUCGACGAUGUCUUUGUGGGCAUGUGCCUGAGGAAGCUGGGGGUGAGCCCCAUGCACCAUGCUGGCUUUAAGACAUUUGGAAUACGGCAGCCCCUGGAUCCCCUAGACCCCUGCCUGUACCGAGGGCUCCUACUGGUGCACCGCCUCAGCCCCAUGGAAAUGUGGACCAUGUGGGCCCUUGUAACAGAUGAGGGGCUCAGGUGUGCGGCAGCCCCCUUGCCUCAACUCCGAGGGGUGGGUUGAGUAGACCCAGUGUUGAUUUUCCUAUCAUGAUGACAAAUUGAGAACCUUGACACUUGACCCUGAUGUGUCAGGGAAUGCUGACUUCUUUUUUGUGACCCCCACCGGGAACCUUGCUAACACUUAUUAAAAACCCUGAAACCUGGCUUAACUUGUACCAGCAUGUGUUGAAUGGGAGCCAAAUUUGGCAGCAUCUCUAGCAAGGGGAGGUCUGUGUGUGUGUUUCCUGGAGCCCCUUGGGGUGCUGCCAGUCUGGGAGGUGAAGAGGCUAGGCUGCAUAGGGCCCCAGAAUAUACACACAAACAUUUUCUUUUUGAAGUGUAAAACAAAAAAAAAUUAUUCUCCUUCAUAUACAAUAGAGAAACUUGAAGGAAAGAAGGAAAGAAGUGUGGUUGGAAUAGGUCCUGUUGAGCACCAGGUAAACACUCUGCA